AUGACGUACUAUGAUCCAAAGAUUAAUCUUAAAUCAUUGAAUGAUAAGAUUCGACAUGGAUUCCAAGAAGAUUAUGAUGAUGAACAAUUGAAAAUUUUAGCUAACAACUUUUAUAUAUACUUUGAUGAUAAAAGGCACAAUACCAAUGGUAAUCCUAUAACAGAAGAAAUGAAACAACUGUCGAAAUAUUUCAAGAAUUAUCAACCAAUACCCGACUGGAAAAUCAUGAAAGAGCGUCAAAAAACCAUUAGUGCUAUGUUAAUGUUAUGUUUGAAUUUAGGUGUUGAUCCGCCUGAUAUAAUGAAAACUUAUCCUUGUGCAAAACUCGAGAGUUGGAUAGAUCCUUCGACUUUUUCCGAUACAAAGAAAGCUAUCGAGUCUAUUGGGAAGAAUUUACAGAGUCAAUACGAAAACUUGACUUUAAGAACAAGAUAUAAAUUAUCAUUAGAUCCCAGUGUUGAAGAUGUUAAAAGGUUCUGUAAUACAUUGAGAAGAAAUGCCAAAGAUGAAAGAAUCUUAUUCCAUUAUAACGGUCAUGGUGUACCACAGCCAACCAGUUCAGGAGAAAUCUGGGUAUUCAAUCGUGGUUAUACUCAAUAUAUUCCAAUAUCAUUAUAUGACUUACAAACUUGGCUAGGUGCUCCUGUGAUAUUUGUUUAUGAUUGUAAUAGUGCAGGUCAUAUCGUUCACAAUUUCAAGAAAUUCGUACAAAAAAGAAUCGAUGAUGAUAAUGAAGGCAAUCAUGAUUUAAGUUCACCAUCUCCAACAUCUAAUUACCUAGAUUGCAUUCAAUUGGCGGCUUGUAAAAGUAAUGAGAUUCUACCCAUGACUCCCGAUUUACCAGCAGAUUUGUUCACUUGUUGUUUAACAUGUCCUAUAGAUACAAGUAUUAAAUGGUUCAUUAUGCAAUCACCUUUAAAAGCUAAUUAUUAUAAUCAAUUACCAACAAAUUCUAUCGGAAAUGUUAUAAUACCUGGGAAAUUAACCGAAAGACGUACACCUUUAGGAGAAUUGAAUUGGAUUUUUACGGCUAUAACUGAUACUAUAGCUUGGACUUCAUUAUCAAGACCAAUCUUCAAACGAUUAUUUAGACAAGAUUUAAUGGUAGCUGCAUUAUUCCGUAAUUUCUUAUUGGCCAAAAGAAUCAUGCCUCAUUUGAAUUGUAAUCCAAUAAGUGAUCCUCCAUUACCUGAAAGUGUAAGAUUUCAUCCUAUGUGGGAUAGUUGGGAUUUAGCUAUUGAUCAAGUUUUGAGUCAAUUGAUUCAUGAACAAUCUACUCCUAUCAAACAGGAAAUAAUCCCACCCACUCCUCAACCAACAAAUCAAAAUCCAAUGAAUACUAACAUCAAUCCUGUUGUUUCAAAUCCUCCCAAUAACGUAGUGGCUGCUAACAAUGCUAAUAAUGCUUUGAAAAAUACCAACUACCAACAUUCGACUUUCUUUGAACAACAAUUAACUGCAUUCGAAAUAUGGCUUAAAUAUUCCGGUCCUUCAACGAAAAAUCCUCCUGAACAAUUACCAAUAGUAUUACAAGUGUUAUUAUCUCAAGUUCAUAGAUUGAGAGCUUUGAUUCUUUUAUCUAAAUUCUUAGAUUUAGGUCCUUGGGCUGUUUACCUUUCGUUAUCCAUUGGUAUAUUCCCCUAUGUUUUGAAAUUAUUACAAUCACCAGCUCAAGAAUUGAAACCUGUGUUGAUUUUCAUUUGGGCUAGAAUUAUGGCCAUAGAUUAUAAAAGCACUCAACAAGAAUUAUGUAAAGAUAAAGGAUACAAUUAUUUCUAUCAAAUCCUUAAUUCCAAUAAUGCUUCAAUGAUGGUCAAUGAUGACCAUAAAGCUAUGAGUGCCUUCAUUUUGACAUUAUUCAUCAAAGAUUUCAAAAAUGGUCAAAGAUUAUGUUUCUCAAUUGAAUUGAUCAACAAUUGUCUUAAGUUCAUAUCUUCAAGUGAAAACCCGUUAUUAAGACAAUGGUGUUCAUUACUUUUAUCUCAAUUAUGGGCCAAUUAUCCUGAUGGGAAAUGGAUCAUCCAUAAAGAUGGCUAUUUGAAUAAAUUAUCAUUGCUAGUCAAUGAUCCGAUUCCUGAAGUAAGAACUUCGAUAAUUGUAGCUUUGACUUCAUUCUUAACUGAUCCAAGUGUUAAGACCGUCAACUCUUCUCAACAUCAACAGUUAAUGCAACAACAACAAUUGAAUAAUAACGAAUUGAGAAAAGAUGAGUUGAGACAACAAGAUUUGAAAUUAGCCAACAUUAUUUUGAAUCUUAUGGGUGAUGGUUCAAGUAUGGUACGUAAGGAAAUCAUUUUCUUCAUGGGUAAGUUCAUCAAGAAUUACAUCAGAUUUUUCUUGGUGGUCGCUUUCAAUCAAUUAGAAGAAGAGAUUGUUUUAAUUGAUAAUCCUAAUAAUUUGAAUGAUUUCAGAAAGAAAUCUCCAGCUUAUGGAUCUAUUUUCAGUUCUGUGUGGAAAUCUCUUUUGAUUUUAUCAGAAGAUCCCCAUUUAGAAGUGAAACAAUUGGCUGAAUUAUUGAUUGAUUCAGUGAUGGUGAAAUUGAAUGAAAGUGAAUUAGGUCCGUUAGUUAAGGAAACUCAAGAUUACCUUUUAAGUAAAUCUACUAUCAAUAUUUCUGAUAGUUUCAAACCUAAACCUGUGGUCAAUAAAUUACAAGCUUCAGGUAACAAGAGACAAGUAUCAAGUGGUUCGGUAUUACAACGUAAAGAGAAUGUGUUGAUGAUUAAUAGUGGGAAUAGCGUGAAACGUUCAGUAUCAACUAAUGAUGUUGGUAGAAAUGGUAAUACUCAUGGUGAUACUGACAGUAUCAAUUCUCAAGAAUCAAUAACAUCAAGAUUGAAGAAUUUGUCCUUUUCUAAACUUAUAAAAUCUUUACAUAUACCUGAAGAACCCGAAUUUCCUAGAAUUUUAAAUUCCACACCAGUAACUUCAAGUUAUGCCAAUGAAUAUCAACCUAAAACUCCAAGAUUCAAACCCAGAGAUUUAGAAAAAUUCGAAUUACCUGCUAAUUCAGGAUUUUUUGACUUCUCCUGUGAAUAUUUCCAAGAACCUCAAAUGUCAAAGAGUGAAAUUGAUGAACCAGGAUCAAAAGAAUACAUAGAAAGGUUAUGGAGAAGAAAUAGGAAUGAAUCAAUCAUCCAAGAAACUCAACCACAAAAACAAAUGGCUAUUAGAGGUGAUUGGACUAAGAAUUUGAAAGUUUUAGAUAAUAAAACUCAACCUAAAUUGAUAAAAUUCACUCAAUUUGAAAAGAUUUUGGUUUCCAGUGAUGAAAAAGAUAAUGUCACAGUGUGGGAUUGGGAAAAUUCAACAACUCUUCGGAAAUUUUCCAAUUUGAAUCCUCCAGGAACUAAAAUAACGGAUUUAAAACUCUUGAAUGAAGAUGAUUUGCCCCUUUUAUUGACUGGUUCAUCAGAUGGAGUGAUAAAGAUUUAUAAGAAUUUCCAUACCCCAAACAACUAUAUUUCUAAUGGAAGUAUACUUAAUGGACAUAAAAGUCUUACAAAUGGACAUAUUGAAGAUGACGAAGAAAAUGAAAUUCAACUUAUUGCUUCAUUUAGAGCGUUAACAGAUUUAUUAUUGACUUCAAAAGGUACAGGUCUUAUCUCUGAGUGGCAACAAUCAAGAGGUUCAUUAUUGGUAAGUGGAGAUGUUAAAAUCAUUAGGAUCUGGGAUGCUCCAAGGGAAUUAUGUUUGGUAGAUAUUCCUGCCAGAUCGACUUCCUCAAUCACCGCUAUCACCUCUGAUCAAGUAGCAGGAGAUAUAUUUGUUUCAGGAUUCGAUGAUGGUUCAAUUAGAGUUUAUGAUAGAAGAUUAGAUUCUCGUGAAUCUAUGGUUAAAACAUGGCAUUCUAAAAAAGGUAAAGAUCAAUACCCAGGAUUUGGUAUAGGACCUUCUUCAGCAUCAAUUAGAAAUGUUCAUAUGCAAAGAGGAGGUUAUAGAGAAUUGGCCAGUGGAUCAUCUGAUGGUACAGUGAAUUUAUGGGACAUCAGAUUAAAUGAUCCAGUUUAUACUUUUUCAACUCCAGAAAAAUCCCUUCGUUGCUUCGAAAUUCAUGAACAUGCUCCUUUAAUAACUACUGGUUCAAAACAAUUGGGAUUCUACACUACUCUGGGUGAUACUAUUAGUAAUUUAAAAAAUCCUCAUGAAGGGUUACUUGGUAAUAGAACUUCCAAUUAUUUAUCCAACAUUGCAUUGCAUCCUCAUCGUAUGAUGAUUGCUACAAAUUAUAAUCAAGAUGGUCAUAUUAAUGUCUAUACUUGUUCCGAUAUUAUUCAAGAAUAUUAA